AUGGACAGGCAGGACAGAAUUGAACUCUGCUACCCUGAGCUUGCGAAUCUGUCUUGCAGGGGUUUAACACGUCCUCAGCCUGAGGCUUUCCUCCUCUAUACACUGUUCUUGUCUAUCUCUGUGCUAACUGUAGCUCUGAAUGUGCUGGUUAUCAUAUCCAUCUCUCAUUUCAGGCAGCUCCACAUGCCCACCAAUGUCCUCCUGCUCUCUCUGGCCAUCUCAGACCUCUUGGUCGGGCUGCUUGUGAUGCCGGUGGAAGCAAUGCGGUUUAUAGAAACCUGCUGGAUGCUGGGAGAUCUCAUGUGUGCUUUUACUUACAUUAUCGGUUUCACUCUCACCUCAGCCUCUGUGGGCAACAUGGUGCUCAUAUCAAUUGAUCGCUACGUAGCUAUUUGUUAUCCUCUGCAGUACCCCACUAAAAUCACUCACAGCAGAGCGGAGCUGUCUGUGACUCUGUGCUGGGCCUGUUCGCUCCUCUACAACGGGAUGAUCUUAAAGGAGCAUCUCAGGCAGCCAGACAGGCAUAACACCUGUCACGGUCAGUGUUUGGUGGUGAUUAACUAUGUCUCUGGAGCCAUCGACCUUGUCUUUACUUUCAUCGGCCCUUGCUCAGUCAUUAUCAUUCUGUACAUGAGAGUAUUUGUUGUAGCGCUGUCUCAGGCUCAUGCCAUGCGGUCUCAUAUUACAGCUGCUGCAGCUGGUACAGUAAAAAUCACCGCAAAGAAAUCAGAGAAAAAGGCAGCCAGGACUCUUGGCGUUGUGAUAUUUGUGUUUUUGAUGAGUUUCUGUCCGUAUUACUAUCCCUCUCUUGCAGGGCAGGACAUUUCAAACAGUGCUUCAUCUUGGGCUAUUGUUUCCUGGAUGCUGUACUUCAAUUCUUGUCUGAAUCCACUGAUAUAUGCUUUUUUCUACCCGUGGUUUAGAAAAGCUAUCAGGUUCAUUGUCUCCCUGAAGAUACUAGAGAAGGGCUCCUCUCAGGCAAAUAUACUUUAAAAUAGCAAAUUUAUCCUGAACCAAA